ACGCCUGACUCGUCCGGCUGCAGGAUGAGAGGAGCCAGAGCUCCGGACGCAGCAGGACGGACAGACGGACCAUGACGAGCCCGGCCGCCUGCACCAACGCGGGGAUGCUGGUUCUGGUUCUGGUUCUGGCCGUGUGGCUCCGGCUGGCGGCUGCAGGGACGCUGAAGGCGGAGCAGGACGGCGACGCUGACACCAUCAGCCACGGCCCGGCACUGGUGCAACGCCUGGAGCUGCUGCUGCUCCAGGGCAACGGCAGCGACGUGACGCUGCGGGUGGAGACGCCCAGCGCCGACGAGGUGAAGCUGAUCCCGGCGCACUCGCUGGUGCUGGCGCUGCAGAGCCCCGUGCUGGAGGAGCUGCUGCGCCGCCGCAACGGCAGCACGCUGCUGCUGCGCGAGAGCCAAGACUGCGCCGCCGUGUUCGAGCAGUUCGUCAGGUAUCUCUACUGCGGGGAGAUCUCCCUGCAGCUGGACGAGGCGACUCCCCUGAACAAACUAGCUGUUAAGUACCAGGUCCUGACGCUCCAGCAGGGCAUCACCCUCUACAUGACCCAGAACCUGGCGCGGGACUCGCGGCUGGGCCACGUGGCCGGCUGGUACGAGUACGCGCUGCAGGCGGGCGACGACGUGCUGCGCGACAGCUGCCUGCAGUUCCUGGCGUGGAACCUGUCGUCGGUGCUGCGCAGCGGCGAGUGGCCGGCGGUCAGCGGCCGGCUACUGAUGACCCUGAUGACCCGGUCCGACCUGGUCCUGCAGAGCGAGGCCGAGCUCUUCGCCGCGCUGGAGCGCUGGAUCGUCCACAACGAGCCGGACGGCCUGACGGCGGAGAACGCGCUGAGGGCGGUGCGCUACGCCAUGAUGCCGCCGCGGGAGCUGUUCCGCCUGCAGACGCAGUCGCCCGUGCUGGCGCGGUACCGCGAAUCGGUGCGCGACCUGCUCUUCCUGUCCUACCAGUUCCACUCGGCGUCGCCGCUGCAGAUGGCCAAGUAUUUUGACGUGAACUGCAGCUUGUUUGUGCCGCGGAACUACCUGGCGCCGUCGUGGGGGUCGCCCUGGGUGAUUAGCAACCCGACGCGGGACGACCGCAGCACCAGUUUCCAGACGCAGCUGGGGCCGAGCGGCCACGACGCCAGCAAGCGCGUCACCUGGAACGCCUUGUUCUCGCCGCGAUGGCUGCCGUUGAGCAUGAGGCCCAUGUACAGCGAGACGGGCUCCAUGCAGCCCACCCGGGUGGACGGCGGCCGCCCCCGCGUCAUCGUCACGCCGGCCACGUCCAGCGCAGACUUCGCCGGCGUGAACUUCCAGAAGACGGUGCUGGUCAUGGCGCAGCAGCAGGGGAAGCUGGUGGUGAGAAACAUCUACGACUUCCACCAGAGCAGCGAGGAGAGCAGCGACUUCCUGGCCCAGGCCGAGCUGCACCGCCGGACGUCCGAGUACCUCGUCGACGGCUCGCUCAUCCUCCACGUGGUGGUGAAACCGCUGUACCAAACCCUCGUCACCGCCAAGAACUGACCCCAACCAACCGAGAACUGACCCCAACCAAGAACUGACCCCGACCAAGAACUGACCCCAAUCAGACCUCCACAUCUGGAUCCACAACCACAGUCACGUUGGGACGGAAGAGUACCAGGGGCAUGCAGGAGAAAAAAUAUUUGAGAGGGCAAAAUGUCGAAAAAACAAUCGAAAUUUCGCA